GUUGGCGUCUUUAUCUGCGUCAUCGGAUGUAUUGAAUCUUCAUAUCGGAGACGAUACCAAUGGCGUCGCUACUUACGACGGGGCUCAUUCAUUCUCCUCAUCUCUCUUUGAGAACCCAUCGAUUCACGCUCUUAUCUUGUUCUACAGAUUCGCCUACUCCGCCAAUCGGUCGGAAGUUGAUCAAGCACUCGAAGCUCUCUAUAGAUUCCAGUCCAAAGAUCAAAGUCGUAGACUAUGCUCCACUCAUCGAAAGCCUAAACCGGAGAAGAUUGCCUGAUGAAGCUCAUCAGGUUUUCAUCCAAAUGAAAUCAGACAACUUGCUUCCUAACUACAGAACCCUUUCCACUCUUAUGCUCUGCUUUGCUCAAAACGGUUCUGUUCCUCGAGCGCGUGCCAUCUGGGAGGAGAUUCUAAACAGCUCUUUCGUCCCUGAUCUCGUUGUCAUCUCAAAGCUCAUCUCUGCUUAUGAGCAGAUUAGUUGUUUUAGUGAAGUUUCCAAAAUCGCCAGGGACAUAAGUGCAAGACAUCCUAAGCUGCUUCCUGUUGUAUCCUCACUUGCUAUUUGCUGUUUUGGAAAGAACGGUCAGUUGGAAUUGAUGGAGGAUGCUAUAAAUGAAUUGGAUUCAAAGGAGAUCUCCUUAGAUUCCGCCACUGCUAAUGCAAUUAUCAGAUACUAUAGCGUUUUUGGUAGUUUAGAGAAGAUGGAGCAGGCUUAUGGCCGGCUUAAGAAGCCUGGAAUUGUGAUAGAGGAAGAAGAGAUAAGAGCUGUGUUGUUAGCAUACUUAAAACAAAGGAAGUUUUAUCGCCUACGUGAGUUUUGUUCAGACGUUGGUCUUGGUAGAAGGAACUUGGGGAAUAUGUUAUGGAACUCUGUGUUACUGUCGUAUGCAGCUGACUUUAAGAUGAAAAGCUUGCAGAGAGAGUUCAUUGGAAUGCGUGGCGCGGGUUUCUCUCCCGACCUUACCACUUUUAACAUCCGUGCUCUUGCGUUUUCUAGGAUGGCUCUUUUCUGGGAUCUGCAUCUCACUCUUGAGCAUAUGAGACGUUUGAACAUUGUUCCAGAUCUUGUGACUUUUGGAUGUGUGGUCGAUGCAUACAUGGAUAGAAGGCUAGCGAGGAAUUUGGAGUUUGUGUACAACCGAAUGAACCUGGACGAUUCUCCUGUUGUAUUAACUGAUCCACUUGCCUUUGAAGUAUUGGGGAAAGGAGAUUUCCACCUUAGCUCAGAAGCUGUUUUGGAGUUUGGUCAACGGAGAAACUGGACGUAUAGAAAGCUAAUUGGAGUUUAUCUCAAGAAAAAGUUGCGAAAAGAUCAGAUUUUCUGGAAUUACUAGCCACCUCUUUGCUGCAGCGUGAUAAACUUGUAUCAAAUGCUUGAAACAGUGAGGUUAGAGAGUGUGAUUGUGCAACUAGAUUUGUUAAAUGUUGUUGUAUAUGCAGUGUUUUGUAAUUAUUUUGUUUG